UUUCUUUACAGCGUGUUCGUUCUGGUCGUACAUUACGAUUUCAAAAACACGACGAAAUUUCGAAACUGUGACGCACCAGACGUGAAGAAACUGGAAACGACCUUUGGAAAGGACCGGAACUGUAAUUUCCGCAGCCUUUUUAGACCAAAAAAGGAAAUUUUGAUCGAACUACUCGGCAACCAGGAAAACAUCUUGCGAUUGUUCUCUUCAAAAGACAUCCCGUCGGUUUUCGUGCUAUUUUUCCUGUCUCACGGCAACGAAAAUGGAGUCAUCUACACUGAUUACUGGAGCGAGACACUCAGUGAUUUUAUUUCCUUCACGACAGAAGACGUUUUCAACUCCCUGAAAAAACUGGAUGGAUUCGAGAAAUGUUUGAAGCUUGUCAACUUUGGCCCGUGUAGGGGAGAACUAGAUGACGCAAAAUUCGACCGAAAAGAGGAUUACAAGGACUACGAAAACAAAAAUUCUUGCAGAAUCACGUCGGCACCUGAAAUGACCAACACAGUCAUCGUUUAUUCAACAGUCGAGACAACCAUGGCGAACACAAGUGAACGCGGUUCCUGGUUUGUGAACAGCAUGUGCGAUGUCUUGAGCCAGAUCAACGAGGAUAAGCCUUUGUUGUUAUUCCUCACGUCAGUGCAGCACAAAGUGCACAAAGCGUCCAUCGCUGGACCGGACUUCGCAACAAACCUUCAUCUUGGUCAGACGCCAGAGGUCAAAAUGUUUUCUUUAGACAGAAGCUUUUUCUUGUCCAGGUCAUUGACUCCUGAAAAAUCUGUUUCAAGAACUGAUUCGCGCAUGAAAAAAGCAGCAACAAUCACGUCAACGUCUGAUUUUUUCUCUUGGAAGUCGGACGAAGGACAAAAUAUCAGAGGUCGGCGCGCUUUCAUCUUUUACGAACGGCAAACAAAAAUAGUUGAAGAAACAGAAAAAGCUCUGCGGCAAAACUUGGAUUUUGACACCAGACUUUGGAAAUUGAAAAAUAGGUCUUUGGAAGAUUAUUUCAUAAAAGUUCGCGAGAUGGAGCAUGACGUAGGUUGCGUUUUGACUUGCUUUUUUGGCCAAGUGAGCGAAAGGGACAGGACAAAAGAAGUUUGCGUGCUUGUGGACGGAAGAGAAAUUCCAAUAACGGAAAUUUUGCAUGGAUUUGUCGGCCCGAAAAAUGACAGAUUGAUCGGAAAGCCGAAAAUCUUUUUCAUCGUUGACCAAAAGGCGAUGGAAUGCGACUCUCACAAUUCAUCAAAGAGCAAAUUUGAGGUGUCCUCAACGAACCACAGCGGCUGGCUUGUCAUGAUUUUGAAAGACAAAGACUUGCUGGACCAAUUGAUCGGAAUCUUCAAAGGAGAUGAGCUGAAAAAAGGGAAAAGUUUGCAAGAACUUUUAGUGCCCCUUCUUACAACUGGUACUAAAAAAGAAUUGACUCUGCUUAACUCGACGCUUCAGUACUUACUUGAUUUUCCCGACUGGCCGAGGACUUUCGUGAAACCAGACUUCAAGCUGGGAGGCAACAGGAAAAAGAUUUGCUUCGAGGAUCUGAUCAAAGAGGCGAAAGCGUUGCGAGAAAACCAGGUUUGGCUGUUGAGUUCGGUCGCCGGCGCCGGAAAAUCGACCGUACUCAAAGAAAUCGCUUUUCAACUCGGAAAAUCAAAUCAAGAUGCGAAAAUUUUUAAUAUCUCGUUGACGAAAAACUUAAUUUACAUUUUGAGCAUUUCUCGAGUGGACGUAGUCGAAUUUCUAGUGAAAACCACGGGGAAUUCCUCUGAAGACAUAACAAAUUGGAUUGCACAAAAAAGAGUCAUCGUUUUCCUGGACGGUUUCGACGAAGUUUGUCCGCACAGCAGGGAAAAAAUUCUCAAAUUAGUGAGUGCCCUGAAGCAAAGAAGAGUUCCACUUUGCGUAGCAACGAGACCGCACGAAGCGAAAGUGAUCGAGAAAACGGUGAAAAACGUUACACUUGUUGAAAUAGAGCCACUGAAUGAAGUAAAGCAAAUCGAGUUUCUGAAGUCCGUGACCGACAAGAACGAGGAAGAAAUCAAUAGAGUGCUUCACGCCGUCAAACAAAUAGGCCAUUCAAACUAUAGAUAUAGAGAUGAAAAUGAGGACACGAUUCUGGUCAACCCCCUGCACCUGUUGUUAGUUGCUCAGAGCAGCGGCGAGGGAAAUUUAUUCCAAAUUUACGCUACGGUUGUGAGGAAGAAGGUACAACUGUGUUUGGAAAGGGAAAAUGACGACAAAGAAGUAGCAGGCUGGAAGAUUGAAAUCGCCCUGAACCUUCUACGGUCGAUCGCGUUUCGCUAUAUGAAUAACGAGCCGCUUGUCGGACCUGGGGUGACGAAAGAGGACUUGGCGAAGAUGAACGACUAUGGAGUCGCAACCGUGGAACAAGAAACGGUCACUUUCCUCCACGAGACAUUUGCAGAAUUCCUCGCCGCCCAACACUUUUUGAAAAACGUGGGAGAGUCAAGCAAUUUUGAUUUUGAAUUUAUUGGCAAACGGAACAUGAAAGAGGUCAGCAAGUUUGUUGAUCUUUUCUACUCGACUUUGGAAAAGGAGGAAGAGAUCGAGUUCCACACGAAAAUAAUUGUUUCCUAUUUAAAUUCAACCAAAUCGGGUCCAUUUCUGAUUCAUGUUUGCAAGGAAAACCUCAAGCAUAUUUUUAAAGUGCUGAAGCCACACAUUACUUUUUGUGACGAGCAAAUGGAAAAAUAUUCCUUUUACCGGGAUGAUAGAGAACUUGGUUGUACAAAACACCGUUCUUCCAUUUGCGUUAAUUACGCUAUUAAAUUGCUGGUCAGUACGAUAAGAAGCGAAGAAAUCGCCACGGAGCUGUUGAAAAUGAACGUCAUCGAUUCACGAACCUUGGAAGAAUACAUUAAUGUAGUCCUCACAGAAAUCGCCUGUUACAACGCAAUCUCCGUGUUCAACCAGCUAAAAGAGACUUUCCCCAACUUCGUCGAGCUGCUCAGAAAAUCAAGUUCCAACGCCGGCGCCGGUUGCAUAGCGGUAAUUAAAGAUAACGAUGAGAUUCUCGAAUUGUUCCUGGAAAACGGAUUCGGAAAAGAUACUUCAGAACAUUUUAUGUAUGGAGAAACCCUUUACCGUGCUUGCAGAGACGGGAAACUUAAGUGCGUUAAAAUUCUCCUCAAACACGGCGCCAAACAAGCCAUUACGUAUGAGAGAGGUCGCCGAACCAUUUGUGACCCUUUGAACGUAGCUGUGGAAUAUGGCCACCUGGAUAUUGUCAAGCUUUUCGUGGAGGAAGAAAUUAGCGGAUUGGCCCGAGAUGAGGUGACGUUUAAGGCAGAUUUUAAUCUGACAGUUGAGGAGGGUGUGCUGAAAAAACACGAGUGGCAGGACAAUGACGAUUUAAACGCUUUCCACUAUGCGGUCUAUUCCAGAAAAAAGGAAAUAGCUGAGUACCUGCUCUCAAAGAGUCCAGCCUUGAAACACAUCAGGACAGGAGAGGGGAAGAGUCCUUUGCAGCUGGCUGUGGACCGUAGAUUCGGAGAAUUCGUGCUCUGGCUGGCGAGAGAAAUCGGCGAUGACCUGAGUUCUUUCAUUCCAAGAGGCGAGACACAAAGUUGGACCGAACACGAUCACUUCAUCUACGAUCACUUUCUGCUGCUGCGAGGCGACCUGACGAAAAAGAAAGAGCGAGGCAAAACCCUCCUCCACAUCGCCGCCCAGCACGGACAUUUGCAACUCGUCCGCGAGUUCAUCGCGAAAGGCGCCGACGUGGCUGCCAAAGACGCCAGAGGAUGGAACGCCUUGCACUUCGCCUGCACCUUCACCGAUUUCAUUAACUGGCACGACAAUUCAGAAGUGGUCAAACUCCUGCACUUAACUAACCCUCAACUGGUGAAGGAAACGACAAAUAAAGGAGAAACUGCACUGCACAUUUUGGUGAACAACAACUUCGAACGCUUAUCUUCCUACAGUUAUAGAUAUUCAGGCAGAAAACCUUUCCGUUUCCUUGUGUAUGAAGCAGGGGUGGACUUGGAAGCCAGGGACAGCAAAGGCCGCACGGCAGAGGACGUGGCCAAUGAUAAAGACCGUGAUUAUUGGGAACAUUUAAGUGAAGAAGAUGAAGAUAAUUCAGGCAGAAUUUAUGGGGUUUGGUAAGAGAAAAUUGGAUCCAGUAGCUCUGAAUGAGUUAAUCAAAGGAAAUAUCAUAUAUUAUCACGGAAAAAAUAAUAAAUUCAUUUAUUUCAUAAAAAGUU